AUGGCCGCCACGACACCUCUUUCCGCUCUGUUACUCGUCCUCGUCCUCACAACUUCCAGCUCCUCUGUUGCUCGCGCGCGAUGGCUGCCUUCCAUGCACGGCGGCUCCGAGAGAAUACCGCACUUACCUGCAGCGGCAAGCACUGAUACUCCACCACAUGCGGAUGCUUCCGCCACUCGCGGCGCCAAUGUCGCGAAAUGCGUCGCCGCGGGGUUGAGCGAGCUCUCCGGCUUCCACGGAGCGUCCAGCCGUCGCGUGUUUUCGACUCGAAGCGUUUUCAUGGCGCCCGGAGCGAAUGAGUGGACGUCCUUCGGGCCUCAGGAUAAAGCGGACGCCCUAAGACGCCUUAGCGACUCGAUCCCUAAUCCGUCGUUCGCUGUCGAGUCAGUAGCAUCGUAUCGCCUCCUCAACAGCCUGUACAAGCCCGCGGAUCACGCGCUUGUUGUCCUCGGCUCCGUACAUUCGUCCGCACCUGGCGCGGCUGAGUCUGGAAGUGAUAAAAACGGGGGGAGAUUCCUCACUUUCUGGGACCAGAUUUUGCCAUCUGAAGACGCUUAUAACGAGGAUUGCUCCAAAUGGGGUCUCAGCUGGCUGAUGUGGCAAACACGCGACGAGAAUGGUCUUCCCGCGAAAAGGGUUCCGUUCACUGCUAACGUUUCCGCCGAUUCCGUCGAUUCCGCCGUUUCCGCCGAUUCCUCCGUCUCUCCUGACCUUGGAAUGGCAGCUAAGGCGUCAGGACAACCGGCAGCAGAAGCGGCAGACGUCACUCCAGACGUUCUCAGAAUGGAUGACGAUUUCGGACACCUGGACGAGGUCAAGUCGGCGCAGAGUGGCAACGAGGAAGCUACUGAGCACCAGAAGCUAGGACAAAAUGAGGAGCCGCGGCAGUCAGAUGUGAUUUUCUACGUCCAGACGGCGUGGAGUGCGUUCGUGUCUGCUCUCGCGGCUGAUGACGAGGCGUCUGCCUCGUCUAUCCUGUUCGGUCCCGAAGCUGUGACGCUCAUGGCUCCUGGUGCUGACAGCGUGACUCUUGCAACGGAACAGGAGAAGGCAAACCUGAUCAAUAACGGAGCUAUGUCUGUGCAGGAAUUGAAGGCAUCACACCUGUCGCUGUCGGUGAUGGUGGAGGAAGUCGCACUGUUGCAAGGAAGUGAAACCACGCAGGAUUCGGGAUCGACCAUCAGCGCACUUGUCAGGUCGACAUACGGCGUUGCAAAUGCCCAAGGCAUAGACGUGGAGCAUGGAAAGAGAGUGGAGCUAUGGCGGGCAAGUUCUACUAAUGGACGAGAGUGGCACCUAUCAUGGUCCAUGUGGAAUGGUAAUGGGCAUGUGCUUACAAGGGAAGAGGCCAUGGCUGCUUAUGAAAACGACAAGUUUAUUCCACACGACGACAACAAAGUAUUUUCUAAUUUGUAG